GUGUGUGUGUGUGUGUGUGUGUGUGUGUGUGUGUGGCCGCUGCACUCACGAGUGUGUCUCGCUCUUUAUAUCCUCAUCUCAGCCCACCUCUUCACUCCCCCUUCUCUCUCUCUCUCUCAUCCUCCUGUUCUCCAGGAUUUUCUGCUCCCUUAUCUCUCUCUCUGUAUUCACAGCAUCUGCGUUGCCUCAUCUCCCUCUCUUUUUCCAUUCCUUUUCUCGUCCUUCUCUCUCUCUCUCUCUUUCUCUCUAUCUCUCUCUGUGUGUUGGGCUGCGGAUCUCUUCUCUUUCCCUCUAAAAAUCCUUCACUCCUGCUUCAGGUCUGUGAGCAGAGUGUGUAUGUGUGCGCGAGUGUGUGGAAGCAGCGAGUUCCUCUACACCGGAGCAUCCAGCUUUACAUGGAGACUCCCAUCUGGCCAGGCAAUGGAGUGAGUAAGUCAGGUUUAUCAGUGUUCAGGAACGUGGUGUGUGGAGGACUCCUCAGCCAUCCACUCUGGACCUUUCCACUGACGCUGUUCCCCACGCUGGGUAACCAAGAAGCGACCAAUCCAGUGGAUGCGAUGGCUCAGUCCUACACCCCGGCGCAGUUCCCCCCACCCCCACAGAACGGUAUUCCGGGAGAGUUCGCCGCACCCCACGCCCUUCCCACACAGGACUUCACAGGACAGAACCGAGUACCGGAACACACCCUGACCCUCUACACACCCACACAAACACACAGCGACCCAACAGCCAACGACAGCACCACGCCAACCAUCACCGCCAACACCAACAGUGCUCCGACAGAUGAUGUGACGCAAACAGAGAGUUCCCAGCAGUUGACGCUGCAGUCCUCAGACUCUCCAGAGAAACAGCAGCCCAAGCGCCUCCACGUCUCCAACAUCCCCUUCCGCUUCCGGGACCCGGACCUCAGACAGAUGUUCGGGCAAUUUGGGAAGAUUUUAGAUGUGGAGAUCAUUUUUAAUGAAAGGGGAUCUAAGGGCUUUGGGUUUGUAACUUUUGAAACGAGCACAGAUGCAGAUCGAGCGCGGGAGAAACUAAACGGUACAAUCGUAGAGGGACGCAAGAUCGAGGUGAAUAACGCCACAGCGAGAGUGAUGACAAAUAAAAAGGCAGCUAACCCAUACACAAACGGCUGGAAGCUGAACCCGGUGGUGGGAGCCGUUUAUGCACCUGAACUCUACGCAGUAACAGGUUUUCCCUACCCCCCUGCUGGAGCUGCAGUAGCGUAUAGAGGAGCUCAGCUCAGAGGGAGAGGAAGAGCUGUGUACAACACCUUCCGCACAGCAGCGCCACCUCCACCCAUACCAGCGUACGGAGCGGUGGUAUAUCAAGAUGGUUUCUACGGUGCUGAGAUCUACGGAGGCUAUGCAGCGUACAGAUAUGCCCAGCCCACCACAGCUACUGCAUACAGUGACAGCUAUGGGAGAGUCUAUGCAACAGCAGAUCCUUACCACCACUCGAUCGCCCCCACCACCACGUACAGUGUGGGCACCAUGGCUAGCCUCUACCGCGGAGCGUACAGUCGCUUCACGCCCUACUAAAGACUUUACCCAGCAAACACACAACGACGACACUAAACUAGAGCGAGCCAAACCCGCCCAACCAAGUGCUUCCAGGUCGCCGUGGCGAUCUCAGCUAAACAGCGCUACCACACCCUCCCAUCACACGUUCAUCCACCAGCGACCCUUCCUCUUCUCUUUAUUAACAUAUAUAUAUGUGUGUGUGUGUGUGUCUGCUGGGAUGGGGGGGCAAUAUGAUGUCAGAUUUUUAAUUGUUUGUAUGUUUUUCUUUUUUUUUCCGUUUUUUUUUUUUUAAAGAUCAACUUAGAACCCUGUAAAAAAAAGGCAUUCGAGUCAAGCUACAAAAAUAAUGAACACAAACAGAACUGGUCAUAUUGGUUAAAAUGCAAAUGUAAGAAACUCUUUUUAAGAUUUUUUUUUAUUAUUGUUGUUACAUUGUGUCUUAAGGGUUAAAACAAGCUAAAAAUGAAAUGAAUAAGGUGAAGAAAAUACAAUAAGAUUAAUCAACACAAAUAAAGCAAAAAGUGCAUUGUUUAGGAAUAAUAAGAGGGGAAUUAAAAAUUAUUGCCUUUAUUUAUUAUCUCUUAAAAUACAGCAAGAUCGUUCUCAUUGCACAAACAUCUGUUUACUGUGUGUUGAAUAAAAUGUGAAUGUAAGCAUUAAGGUAAAGAAAACACAAGCUAGAAAUUAAAUAAGGGCAUUAAUCAUUUGCUUUACUAUCCUCUGAUAGUCUUCUCCUGCUCCGGUUUCAGUUACUGUAAUAUUCAGAGUGUUAGGCAGCUGCUUAGAGGAGCUCAAGGCUGCUGAGGGAUCAGACUGGAGUGUUUUACUGCAAGAAAGCUGUCUAUGCAUUCUAUUGGAGAAACAGGAGGGUUUGUUACUGUGCUCAUAUAUGAUUAUUAGGUGAUAGUCUAUUUAUAAAUGGCAAUUAUCUUUCUGUUUUGCUCUGAAAGAUUUACCUCAGAAAGACCUUCAGGCUGGUAACAGUAUUUAUGCAGCAAUGCAGAUAUUACAGUCAUAUGAUGCUGAUGAUGCUGCAGCUCUUUGGAGGUGUUCUGUGGAUUGUCCCUGACUGUUCUCACCAUUCUUCUUCUCUGCCUUUCUGAUAUUUUUCUUGGCCUGCCGCUUCUGGGCUUAACAAGAACUGUCCCUGUGGUCUUCCAUUUCCUUACUAUGUUCCUCACAGUGGAAACUGACAGGUUAAAUCUCUGAGACAACUUUUUGUAUCCUUCCCCUGAACAACUAUGUUGAACAAUCUUUGUUUUUAGAUCAUUUGAGAGUUGUUUUGAUGAGCCCAUGAUGUCACUCUUCAGAGGAGAUUCAAAUAGGAGAACAACUUGCAAUUGGCCCCCUUAAAUACCUUUUCUCAUGAUUGGAUACA